AUGGCGAUGCUAACAGAAAGGCCUGCGCCCCACAGGUUUCGAUCGCAUGUCGGUUUUGACAACCUUCCGGUCGGCGAAGCGACAAAGAACAAUCCAGCAUCAUUGACACUUCACGCCAAACAUGACGGCUACCAAGCAUCACGCCGGUCCCGCACCUUUAUGGUUGGCCUUGAUGAGCACUCCUAUUCCGACUAUGCGCUGGUCUGGUUGCUCACCAACAUGGUGGACGACGGCGAUGAGGUGAUCUGUGUGAGGGUGGUGGAAACCCCCUUUCGGGUCGAUAAGAACUACAAGGAGGACGCGGAAAAGCUACUCCAAUCGAUUCAGGAAAAGAACGAACACAACAGGGCCAUCAAACUGGUCCUCGAAUAUGCUGUAGGCAAGCUCCACGACACUUUCCAGCAGCUACUUAGCAUGUACAACCCCUCCAUGUUGGUGGUUGGCACCAAGGGCCGCUCGAUGGGUGGUAUUCAGGGUCUGGUCAAUACGCGCAACUCUUUCUCCAAAUACUGCCUUCAGUACAUCCCUAUUCCGGUUGUGGUGGUUAGGCCCGACGAAAAACGAGCCAAGAAGAAGGAGAAACGGUCCCACGACCCGGGUCGACAGAGCUAUGCGCAGAUGCUGGCUUAUAACUCUGGAAAACACGAGGCGGAUAGCGAGACUAGCAGUAUCUACGAGCUGGAGAAGGCCAUCUCGGCCGACGAGGAAGCCCACCGGGUGGCAGCAGCCAUUGGCCUGCCGGCCAGGUUCGACCCCACGAUAAAGCCGUACAACCCCAAGGGGUCCAACUCUCGCCGAUCAUCCCCGUCGGCGCUAGCCACCCCUUCGUCUGCCGGAACUGCGUCGGUUUCACCAAGCCCAGCAGCACCGGCCAACGAAAGUGACAACGACGACAAUGAGGACGACGAUAACAAUGAUGAUAGCGGGGACGAUGACGACGACUUCGAGGUGGAGGCUGUCUCGUCACCGCCGCACUUGAAUGGGGCGCGAAAGCAGACAGAAAUCAUCAAGGAACAGGAGCAGAAGAAACGACUACACGAUAUGGAAGUAGGCGAGGCUGCGGCUUUAUUGAAGUCUACAAAGGUGGAUGAAGAAGACGACGACGAUGAGUCCCAGGAUAGGGCCAGUGGAUGAUAUUGAUUUCGCUCGUUUUUAUUUCUCUCUUUUUGGGUGGAUUUUGGCUUUUAUCACACGGCAAGGUGUUGGGGCGCAAUUGAAACUGAAUAAGGAAACGGGAGAGGCUGUUUUUCUUCUCUUUCGAAUCAAAACAUCAGGUCUGGAUUGGGCUCCAACAAAACAUGACAGUAGCGGAAAUUUGUUCUACCUAAGGCUUUGGCACUUUUACACGAGAUGAGUGGAGGGAAGUUGGGGAGUUGAGAUGCGUUAUAGAAAGUACACAGUGAGAUAUUGGCGAGAAGGGGUGGGUGCUUGACGGAUGGGAUGUCCAAAGCAGGAAGAGAGAAGCGCUUUAACUGUAUCCGUAACUUGUAUAUUACUAUCAAUGGGCUGGCAGAACUCCAGCGAUCCUCUAGGUCCUGGUGUAUAUAUAAUAGCUAUUCAUCUUUUCUCUCUCUUGGUUGUUGGUUCUGUUUGAGAACGUCC